AUUUGGAAGUGCUAAAGAAAUUGUUGAAGUGUAAAGAGAAACAGCAUUAGGUGAAUGAAUUAGGAAACGAUCAUUUCUUCCUGUUCCCUGUUUUUUCUCCUGAUGUAACUUUUGAAAUCCCAAAAUUACCCUAAGAAACCCUAAGAAUCCUAAUGUGAAGUCUUUCCCCUUUUGUGUUGAAGGCGUCGCUGCAUCCCCUUUAUCCCCUGCAACCCAUCUUCUUCAUUCUUCUCCACGAGGCACCACAUCUUGAUUGCAAUAUUGUGUGCACCCAUCUUCUUCAAGACGUUGUGUGCAACCCAUCACGCAGACCUUGCACUGCCGCACCGCUGAAAUAGAAGGAAGUUGCUGACGACGCACCUCCAUCGCCAUUGCUGGUAGAGGAGGACGACGCAACUCGUGAUCCACGGAACUCCAUCAAUAUCUGUCAUUCCUUCUUUCGGUGGAAAAUAACAGUUCAUAAUGGCUGAAAAUAACAACCUUUCAACAAACAUGUCAGUCUUGCGUCAUCAAGACGACCACAUCACGAACCAGAUGUGGGAAGGAAACAAGAGAGUGCUCCAGUCAAGACGCCAUUCUAUCUGGAUUUUGAAAUAUACAGAUCUGAUUGACCCUAGAGUCAGAAUGUUAAUUGAUCAAGCUGGUUUUGGUCACGUUUUGAAAGUGGAUAAUAUGAAGAUUAACCACCUCAUGGUAACAACACUCUGCGAAAGGUGGAGAAUUGAAACUCACACCUUCCACAUGCCACUAGGCGAAACAACUGUCACCCUCGAGGAUGUUUCACUCCAAUUGGGGGUGCCAAUAGAUGAUGAACCCCUCACCAGUGGUAGUUCUGGAAACCUCCUAAAAUUGUGCCAAGAAUUAUUGGGGGACAUUCCACCCGAAAAUAUGUUCACAGGGAAUCAGAUAAAGUUGUCGUGGCUAAAUACCAGAUUUCGGGAAUUACCAAAUGACGUCAACCUAGGAACAAUUGUACAGUAUGCACGCGCUCACAUCCUAAUACUAAUUUGCAGUAUGUUAAUGCCAGGUAUAUUAGCUAGUCUCGUACAUUUUAUGUAUUUGCAAUUGUUAAGAGACUUGGCUCAUGUUUCAAACUUUACUUGGGGAUCCGUAGUGUUGACAUGUCUGUAUCGUGCACUGGAUCACAGUACAAAGUUCCAACAAGAUAACAUUGGUGGAUGCAUGUUAUUGCUGCAGUGUUGGCGUGAGAGAGAUUCACAUGUAUCUCUCCAGAAAUACAACCAGUCACGGAUGACGAGAUUGUUGGUGGCCUUGCGUUCCCCUUAAGCGUGAGGUGGUGUUGGCAAACACGUUCCGUCUUCCAUGACCAAACAAUUGUGGUUGAGUUCCGAAAAAAUUUGAUAAAAUUCAACCAAAAUAGGUUCAUUAUCACCAGUGCUAUGCUAAUUUGUUUGUACAAAUUCGAUUUGUUUUUUUUUAUGUUUAAUAUUAACCUUAAUUUUUGCAUUUUUUAUGGACAUCAUAUCGACAACCCUUGGUUAGUCCUUGAUCAUCAUAAAUGUUUCGCCCAUAAGUCGGGCAUUGGUUCCCCUGAUCUGUUUUACAACUAUCGAAUUUCACCAAGUCGACCGGGUUGUCAGACAAUUUGGUUGGCGAUAGAGCAUCCCAGUUGACCUGAUGAACUUGGAUGAGAUUCACAGAAUUGAUCUCCGAGGAAGGGGGAAAUUAAUUGGAGGCAAUAUCAUCAUCGAUUUAUAAUACUAUGGAAUAAUCGUCAUAAUUUUGUUGUUCAAGGCAAACUUUUUAGCAAGAGAGGUCAUCUGCGUGAUACCUUUCCCUACGUGCAAUGGUACAUAAAUUUUACCAUCUGUUAUAUCUCGCCUAUUGCGCAAUCAUUUGAUAAUGAUGUGAGAAUCAUUUAUUUUCGAUUUUUCAUAAAUUAUAAUUUUUAUUAUUAUUGAAUUUCAAACAUGUCAAGUAAUUAUUAUUUU